AUCGUGUGUGAUACAUUCGGACCAAUCAACGAAAUCCACCAAAAGGUUCAAUGAAAGCAUCGUAAUAUGGAAGAUUUUGCGAGUGUUUUGAAAAAUUCUGGCUUUGUUAUCAAAAGUGAUUUCAUGUUGAAACGUUCGGUGUCUUGGUGAAAAUACGGUGGAUAUUGUUGUUUUAGAGGAUUGAUCUAAACCGUCAUUAUGGCAUCAACGAACACGAACGGGCACAACGCGAGCCACAACGGUUCCGAGGAGAUGAGGGACCCCGAAACGUUCCCUGAGCCACACCUCGAAUAUGUGGACGAUGUCCAUAAGGCCAACACCCUCCAGUCAUUGAACAUGAUGAGGAAAAAUCGGCAAUUCUGUGACGUUAUUCUUCAUGUUGAAAACGUCGAGGUGCAUGCUCAUAAGGCAGUUUUGGCGAGUGCUUCCCCUUACCUAUUCGAACUGUUCACCAACCACGAAUUGAAGAGGACGGAAAACUGUAUAACAUACAAAUUGAACGGGGGUUUCGAUAAAAAUGCAUUGGAAAUAUUGGUUGAUUAUGCCUACACCGCAAAAUUGGAAGUUCACUACAAACAGGUCAAAUCAGUGUUCCUGGCAGCAACUCAGUUGAAAAUGGAAAGGGUAUCAAAAAUUUGCGCUCAGCAUCUCAUAAAGCAUCUUAACGUCGACAACUGUAUAGAGAUAAGGUCGCUACCAGGCAUAGCAAGAAAUAAGGAUUUCAUGCAGCACAUUGAUGCCUUCAUUGCGAAAGAAUUCAGUAAAGUCAGUAAGCUGAAUAAUGUUUUGAACCUGCAUUGCAUACAAAUCGAAAUUUUGAGUCAGUCCAAGGAGGAGAUGUCGAUGGUGAAUCCCGAUUCACUCUUUCGGCUUAUACUUACCUGGAUACAAACCCAAAUUAGUGAAGAAUCUCUCAACAUGGCCUCCCUUCUCGAGAAACCUUUCAUGUUGUAUAUAGCAAUAGACAAUUCAUUACAAGACUGCUCAAUAAUGCCCGCAGGCGAUAUCAGCAACACCGAAAUAGUACAGGAUUAUAGGAAAAAAUCCCUCAAAGAAACACAACCGAGCUCGAAGAGCAAACGUAAAAUAUUGAGUCAACCCUCUAAGCCUAGGGUUUUGAUAUGUAAAAGAGAAAUCGGCAUAGAAGAAGAGAAUGAAUUCGAACCAGACUGGAAUCUUAUUGCCGCGGACCAAGUUGGAGAUCACAGCUACUUAGGAUUAGUUACAAUUGGGGGAAAACUCACCACCAUAUCCUUAAUGUUAAGACUGAAUGUACCCACUACUCCAUCCCCAGUUACUACCCCUGUAUCAAGUCGUCCAGGUAGUGAAGAAAAACCCGAUUUUUACUGUGGCGUAGCAAAUAUGUCUUGCCAGAGAUGCGCAUUUGGAUGUGGCAACGUCAAUAACACCCUCCUUGUCUGUGGGGGCUAUGACAGAACAGAAUGUCUACGUUCAGUCGAACAAUAUAUCCCUGAAACCAAUUCUUGGAAACAACUUCCAAUGAUGAAAGAAAGUAGGGGAAGAUUCAAGAUUGCAGUAUUAAACGAUAAAGUCUACGCCUUAGGAGGCAGCAACGGGACCACUGAAUUAGAAUCGGUGGAGAUGUUGGACCUGUCUAUUGGUAAAUGGGUCGCUAUGCCUCCCUUACCUUUGGCCAGAAGUAAUUCGGGAGUAUGCACCCUAAACAAUUUGAUCUACUUCAUUGGUGGUUGGAAUGGGCAAGUUGGUAUAAAACAGUGUGAUGUAUUCAAUCCGGAAACUUCAACGUGGAGCUCGAUAGCUUCUUUGAAUACGGGUAGAUAUCAAGCUGCAGUGACAGCUUACAACAACCAAGUUUUUGCUAUUGGUGGUUGCGAUGCAUGGAACUGCUUGAGUUCUGUAGAGGUUUACAGACCCGAAGAGAAUGUAUGGACAUUCUUUAAGCCAAUACUCACUGCACGCAGAGGCUGUGGAGUUGCGGUUUUUAACAACAAAAUAUACGUGGUUGGGGGCUCCGAUGGAACCCAUUCUUUGAACAGCACAGAGGUGUUUGAUGAGGCCACUCAAACUUGGGUGGUUGGACCAUCUAUGACAACGCCACGGGCUAAUGUAGAAGUGGCAGUUGUUGGAGACAGAUUGUAUGCUGUUGGAGGAUUUUCUGGCAAAAACUUCUUGAACACCAUUGAAUACUUGGACUUGAAGUCCAAUGAAUGGACCACUUUCAUUCCAAAAUGUUCCUCAGAAAUAUUGGUAUUGAGGAAAAAACCAAGGAGCAGAAAAAAUUCCAGAAAAAGUGUUUCAGAAGAAAAGUCCAAUGUAGGUGAUAAAAAAACUGUUGAUGACAUAAGUGAUAGUUUUAAUGCAAUCCAGAUAGCAGCCCCCGAGGUUAUUCAGAAUGGAUCGUAAUUUUUUUUUAUUACUGCAAAGCUAAUGGAAAAUCAAGACAUAAUAGCUUAGGAAAUUAUUCUAUCUUUAUUUCUAAUCAUAAGUAUCCUAGUAAUUUUUCAGGAAAUUGUGGCAAUAUCACCAAUAAUGAUUGGGUGUCUCGUAUUUUUACCAGUUUGGAUGUAAAAAAAAUCUAGUUGAUUAUGCAUUUAAUUUGAGUGAUAAGAAUUAUUCAGUUAGGUCUUUUUGUUUUUUCGAUGUCCACAAUUUCAUAAUCAGUAUUUUAAUAUAAUCAAAUAUACAAAAUAUGAUGUAAUUGUAAACCAUAAUCAUUACUAUUACAGUUGAAUAUAUAUAUAGUAAUGGAAGAAAAGAACUUAUAUACUGAAAAUAUCUAUUUUAAAUACUCUUUUUCACAUUGCAAUAAACACGAAAAUUUUGUACAAACAAUUAGUUGCAGUCAUCUGGAAACUGUAAUUUGAAAGUUAUAUAAAUGUUAAAAAGAUAUAAUGAGCGUUGACAGUUGAGUAUUUGAUGUGAAUGUAAUGGUUGCGUUGCCUUCUGAUGACAUAAGGGCCUAUUCUGGUUCACUUUGAUAUGUUUUCAUUCAAUUUAUUGCUGAAUAAAAUAUUGUUCACAAAGA